AUGCUUGUUCACGGUAGUAUCAACCUAUUGAAUAACAACCAAACCGUCACAAAACAACUACCCGCAGUGCGAAAAGUCGUUGUCAUUCACCAGAACGAGAAAGCCUUAACUCCAAUUACAAUAUCAAAUAAGCCAGAAACAAAGAUGAUAACAAUCAAUACUGCGGACCUUCUUGUCUCGAAGCCAUCAUCAGGCAUGGCAUCUUCCUCAAGUCUAGAUUCUUCUCCGAGGGUGUUAUCACAACCAGAAACCCCGACUACAAUAAGAAUAUCUCCGAACGCAACAGUAACGCCAUCUUACCAGCCGAAGGUUACCACAUUCGUACCUCCCCCAAUUCAAAAAACAGAUACUCAAGAUAUCAACUCCUUGCAUGUCAUGAGGAAUUGGGCAGAUCCAUAUGCCUCUCAGUAUGUGUAUCAAUCACUCAUGGCACAGCAAUCAAUGCAGCAGCAAGUUAUUUCAAAUUCAUACCAAUACCAACAGUCCUCUCAAAAUUCCGGAUGGGCAUUUCAAUAUUCUGCAUACAAUUAUUUACCGAACAAUGGAUAUUAUUACCAAUAUCAACAGUAUCCACAAGUUCCGCUUCCAUCAAAGCCGAAGAAAGAUGUAAACUAUUCAAUUGAGAGAUCAUCAAGAAACAAGCAACCGGCCCGAAAGGUAAAGGCCAUACCAGUACCACAGCUUGUAACUGUCGACGUAAAGACAUGUGACAAGCCGUUGGACAAAAUUCCUCAUUUCCCAUAUCCGAAUAGAAAUUAUGUCGAACGACCAGAGCCAAUACAGUUCAUGGAUACAUGCGGUAACGUCCACAACCUUACUUGCACUUGCAAGUCCCAGGCAAACGAAGGAACGUUGAUCGAAUGCAGAAUGUGCCACAAUUUCAUGCAUUUGACAUGCGUUAACAUAGCAAAAGAAGAUGACAAGCACCCAUUUGUAUGCCCAUUCUGCAUGAGAAAGAGAAUCGAUUGCAGCUGUAACGAAAAUUUGAAUUAUUCAAUUCCUUUGAUACAAUGCACAGGAUGUGGACUCUGGGUCCAUAAGGCUUGUGAAGGAUUAUCGUUCGGACGCCUCCCGACCGAUUUUAAAUGCAAGAAAUGCGGAUCUGGCAAAUAUUCAUUGCCCCUUCCGAAAAUUGACGAUAGCAAGAAUAUAAGGACAUCAGCAGGCUGCGAUACAUUCGAGUUGAUAUCUGCAGUACCAGAUGGAAACUUCAGACAAUCACUCGUCGAAGAUUUGAAUUCAUCAGAAUUAGAUUUCGCAAACUUCAUUGGAAAAUACGUUAAUCAAUACAUAGAUCUGUUUAUGUCUGGAAAUACAGAGUUCUGGAAUGUAUUUAUCGAUGUUGCAGUGCAUCUAUUUCAAGUUGACGCAGAUUACAUCAACGAAAUGAUAGAUUCGGCCGUAUUCAGUAUGCUCUACGGUCCACAGAAAAUAUUCGAAUACUCAUUUACACCUUUUACUUUCAGUGAAUCAAUAUCAGAAUUUAUCGAAUCUCUUUCAGUUACAGAGUACGAUAGUCCGAAGCAGGAAGUUGGUAUUUACGUAGAUCAAAUCGAUGGUUACGUAAAAAGUCCGAAAUCCCUCAACGAAAACGAUUUUAUUUGCGAUUUACCAGGAUUUAUCGUUCAUACAGAUGAAGUUGAUGCUGAUGAAGGUAUUCCACCGAAUGUUGUUAAUAUUCAGGAUACAGAUGUCGUUGUAGGUCUCAAAGGAAAAGAUGCCGAACUUGUUUCAAAGAUUAAACGCUCUUUGCGUCCGAACUGCGUUGCAAAGUUCUACAAAGUCAAGGACCAGCUCAAGGUUGGCCUGUUUGCCGCUAGAAUCUCUUCGCCAAUCGAAGAUCGACCUCCUCGCGACGGAAUUAUCAAAUCGCAUGGAGAACUCAGACUCCUACUUGAUGGUGAAUUGCCUUUCCCAACACCUAAGAUACAGUGGAGAGAGAAAAAGGUAAGAAAAUCUAAGGAUUCCAAGUCAAAGAAGCAAAAAUCUUCAGAAAUAUCGACAUCGUCACUUUCCUUGUUAUCGUCUUUCCUUGACGAUGAAGUUCCCUCAAUUCCGAUCACUCUCACUGUCUCGAAAGAGGCGACUGAGAAGAGAAAACAAUACCUUAAUUGUAUGUAA